AUGUCGCGUCAUUCGACAAUUCUACCAAUGAAUAUUAUACCCGAAGGAAAUUCUCACGAAAAACCACCCUACAGUUAUGUCGCACUCAUCGCCAUGGCUAUUGAAGCAACCGCUGAGAAAAGGAUGACGCUCAAUCAGAUUUACAAGUACAUCGAGGCAAAAUUCCCAUACUAUCGAGAUGCCGAUCCGAAGCGCAAGCAAGGCUGGCAGAACAGCAUUCGCCAUAAUCUCUCGCUAAACGAUUGUUUCGUCAAAAAGGCGCGCGACGGCCAGAGCAGCGCCAACGACCGUAAAGGCAACUAUUGGAUGAUGGUGCCGGAGAACCCGCCCAUUUUCGACAACGGCAAUUUCAAGCGUCGACGCGUCAAACGACUCGGUAUCAAUCGCACCGGCACCGCGACAUCAUCAACAUUCGCCAACGGCGACUCGAACACGAUUCAGCAGCAUCCGCUGUUCCGCAAUUUGCCGUGGGGCGCCGUCGAUCCGUUCAAUCUAUUUCGAUACACCUAUCCAUCGACGGCUACAAAUCCCGGCACGCUGCCAAUAACCACCGACGCGACACCGUCGUCGUUCGACACCAACAUCUACGCCAGCGCUUUUCAAGCGCCGACAACUUCUGUCGAAUCGAGCAACAAGGAAUCGGAAGACGUCAAGCCAAUUCUGCCAAUCGAUCCGUCGUUCAUUCAGAACCUCGAAACCGUCAACAAUUCCACCUAUACGAACACCUUUAUGGCGCCCUACACCAAUUGGCCGAAUUCUUCAACCGCCACGUUUCCCAUCAAUUUCGACGAGCCGGUCCUUUACGGAUAUACCCAAUAG